UGAUGGGAGGUGUCUCGUUUCCAUGGUGCUUUGCCACGGCCGGAGGUGCAACCGGUGGCGGUGCGGUUUAGCCAGUGUCCAUUAAUCAAGUAAAGAGCUCGGAAGUAGGUGCGAACUUAGGAGUUCUUGCUUUUCACAGCCGUUCUUUGGGAGCAAUGGAAGCCUGCUCAGCACCUGCAAGAAUGAUCAAGCCAAUUGACCGACAGUCAGUACACCAGAUUUGUUCAGGUCAAGUUGUGUUAAGCCUCAGCACUGCUGUAAAAGAGUUGGUGGAAAACAGUCUAGAUGCUGGAGCUACUAACAUUGAUAUUAGGUUGAAAGAAUUUGGAGCAGAUUUGAUUGAAGUAUCGGACAAUGGGGAUGGAGUGGAAGAAAAAAACUUUGAAGGACUGACACUGAAGCAUUACACUUCCAAGUUGCAAGAUUUCUCCGACCUCUUACAUGUGGAGACGUUUGGAUUUAGAGGUGAAGCUUUGAGCUCCUUGUGUGCUCUGAGUGAUCUUAGUGUCGUGACAUGUCACAAGACUGCCAAGGUCGGAACCCGCCUGGUUUUUGACCAUAAUGGGCAAAUCAGUGAAAAGAUACCGCAUCCUCGACAGCAAGGGACGACAGUUAGUGUUCAACAGUUGUUUUGCACAUUACCAGUCAGACACAAAGAGUUUCAGCGAAAUAUUAAAAAGGAAUACAGUAAAAUGGCACACGUGCUGCAGGCCUAUUGCAUCAUUUCUACGGGUAUACGGAUAAAUUGCACAAAUCAGCUUGGACAAGGAAAGAGGAACGCUGUUUUUUGCACCAAUGGGUGCACCACAUUGAAGGAAAACAUCAGCGCAGUAUUCGGAUCGAAGCAGUUACAAAAUCUUGUCCCUUUUGUUCAACUAUGCCCUAGUGAGGCUAUUUGUGAAGAUUAUGGAAUUAAUCCUGCUGACAUUCCUGAAAAGCUCUACAAAAUCAUAGGGUUCGUGUCUCGUAGCGAUCACGGCGUUGGCAGGAGUUCAACUGAUCGACAGUUUUUCUUCAUCAAUCACCGACCAUGUGACCCAACAAAGGUUUCCAAACUUGUAAAUGAAGUCUAUCACAUGUACAACAGGCACCAGUAUCCAUUUGUUGCCCUUAAUAUCUGUGUUGAUUCUGAGUGUGUUGACGUCAAUGUUACACCAGACAAAAGACAGAUUCUUCUUCAGGAGGAAAAGCUGCUUCUUGCAAUCCUGAAAACAUCCCUUAUUCAAAUGUAUGAUUCUAAUGUUAACAAGCUCAACAUUAAUCAGGCGUUUCUUCAGAUGCCAGGAGUCUCUGAAAAAGUUCUCCAGACAAUCAGUCCAGAAUCCUCUGUUCCAACCAAACAGGAAUCACCUGUUGUGCAAUCAUAUUCAGAAAAAGAGAAGAGUAUAAGUAUUGCCAGGUUACGUGAGGCAUACUCCUUACAUCAAUCAUCAUUAUGUGGGCCCAGGUCUAACAAACAACAGGCCUUUCCGGUGCAAAGAACACUACAGAAGUUUUUUACCAGUUGUAAACUGAGUAAUCCUCAGCCUGAAUGUGGGACUGACAGCUGCCCAGUAUCUGGAAAUCCCAAACAAAUGGAGCAGGACUCCAUGAACUCUGAAAGAGAUACAGAUUCUGGAAAAGGCAGCACAAUAGCAAGCUCAGAACUUGGUUGCAAAACACUGGAGGUUAAUGCUUUGUCCAAGUCUGCUGAUGGUUCUGACAGUGCAGUUAGCUUGUCCAAUGUAUUCCAGAAUUUUUCAGAAUCUGGAACUGAAGAACUGAAAACUGAAAUGACUGGCUGUGAGGUUUUGGCAUCUAGUGUUCCUGUGCUAACAGGGAAGGUUGAUUCAACAGGAAAUAGCAACCGACCAUUGGCAGGUUUUUGCUCACUCAGUUACGUCACCCAGAGCGUAAAACGCAUGAAGACUGGCAGCUUGUGUUUGGAUGAAGGCUUGUCUUCAGGUCAUGGGAUGUUUCAGACUUCAGAAGUUGAUACACCAGUAGAAAUGAAUAAAAAGGUUGUGAAGCUCCCUUUUUCUAUGGGCCUUCUUGCUGAAAGGAUGAAGUUGGUCAGUAAGCAGCAAGCGCAACAAAAAGAGGCGCAGAGAUGCAGGCGAUUUCGAGCCCAGAUUAAUCCUGGAGACAAUCAAGCAGCAGAAGCUGAACUCAGAAAAGAGAUUAGCCGAGACAGGUUUGCCAGCAUGGAGAUUAUUGGCCAGUUUAACUUGGGAUUUAUCAUCACCAAGCUGGAUUCAGACCUGUUCAUUGUGGACCAACAUGCCACUGACGAGAAGUACAACUUUGAAAUGCUGCAGCAACAUACAGUUCUUCAAGGUCAAAAACUGAUAGUGCCCCAGAAUCUUCAUUUAACUUCAGUGAAUGAAACUGUACUGGUGGAAAACCUGGACAUUUUCAGAAAGAAUGGUUUUGAUUUUAUUAUAAACGAGCAAGCUCCUCCCACUGACAGAGUGAAGCUAGUUUCCUUGCCAAUGAGCAAGAACUGGACAUUUGGUCCACAGGAUAUUGAAGAGCUGAUUUUCAUGCUGAGUGACAGCCCUGGGGUCAUGUGUCGGCCAUCCAGAGUCAGGCAGAUGUUUGCUUCCCGAGCUUGUAGAAAGUCGGUGAUGAUUGGGACUGCGCUUCAUAUCAGUGAGAUGAAAAAGUUGGUUACACACAUGGGUGAGAUAGAACAUCCCUGGAACUGCCCGCAUGGACGUCCAACCAUGAGACAUUUAGCGAACUUGGACAUGAUAUUGGUAGAAUAAAUGGGUUAUAUUCAGCCAUUGUAUGUUAAACUAUUAACCACAGAAUGUUAUAUUACUUGAAUAGCUUUCAUUUUAAAAUUUAAUCAGAGCUGAUUAUGUUGUACUGGCAGUGAAUUGCCCUCUUUCUGGAAUACUGUAUAAGCUUAACUGCAAUUUUAAUCAAUAUUUUAGUUGUGAAAAUGACUUCUGUGAAUUUGUUUUAAUUUCUAUUAAAAAAAAUACUAUUGACCUCUGUUUUCAAAA